AUUUGAUGCAUUUGUUCAGCACUCCUUUUAUGAAUUAUUUUGCACCAUAGCUUGACAAACAAAAAAUAUUUUAUAAAAAUCAGUGUUCUUUGUCAACACUGAAUCCUCAAACUGCUUGGAAGUACUUCAUUUACCAUAAGUGUUUGAAAUAGGACACCAGUAACUAAGCGCUAAUUUCAGUCUAAGACCUUGAUCAUCUGGAAUUUUCGUUGGAUAGCAUAGGGUCGCGAGUUUUGCGAUGGAACAAACCUGUUAUUAUAAAAUUUUAGGUAUUGAGAAAACUGCUUCAGGCGAUGAAAUAAAAAAAGCCUAUCGCCGACUGGCACUCAAAUGGCAUCCGGACAAGAACCCAGACAAAAAGGAAGAAGCAGAAAAAUGCUUCAAACUCAUAAGUGAGGCAUAUGAAGUUCUGUCGGAUCCCAAAAAGCGUGACAUAUAUGACAGACGCGGCAGAGGUCCUCAUGCUGGUGAGGCAUUCGUAUUUGAGGAUUCUGAUCCUUUCUCAAUGUUUACGCGAUUCCACUUCCGAGAUCCUAUGGAUAUAUUCCGAGAAGUUUUUGCCGGCUCUGGACUCGAUUCUUUCUUUGGUCCCAGUAUUCAUGACUUCCAAUUUGGUCCUCAGUUGGGCCGAACUCACAGGUCCAACUCCCAUCGCAACGCUGGACGACAAUCUGGAUCUCCUUAUCAUCAUGCCGGACGUUCUAGUCAAGUACAGAGUUAUGAUCCCAUGCUCGCAAACCCUUUCAUGGGUGGACUUUUUGACUCUCCGUUUGGUGGGUCACUGUUUAAUCCUUUGAUGGCUUUCACCAAUUCUGGGUUCGGAAAUCUCCAGGGUUCUUCAUCAACCUCCGUCUUCAGUAACUUUGGUGGAUCUUCCUGUGCAGGUGGUUUCAGGUCAGUUUCAACAUCCUCCAAGUACGUAAAUGGAAAAAUGGUUCGUGUGACAAAAGUGGUAGAGAAUGGUACUGAAACCAUUACCGAAGAAGUAGAUGGUCAGGUAACUAACCGGACUGUCCGUCAAUGUGGAAAUGGAGCCCUGCAAGCAAUGUGAUUUAUCUUCACACAAAAACAUACUUUGUUCGCAUAGUUUAACUAUAUUGAUUUUGUAUAAUCAGUUUCACAGUUAUUUGUUGAGGUUGUUAAAGUAAUAUUUAUGUUGUCUAAUGAAAUAUGUCUUAAUGCGUCCAAUUUAUUGUUGCGUCUAUUAGAUACGUUGUUUUGAAACUGCACUUAAGACAUACCACUUUUAAAUCCUCUUAUAAUACUUAUAUAAAAUAAAUCUUUCCCACUG